UAUUGGACACUUUAAUCUAGAGUUUAUGAUUUUUUAAUGUUUAAAAUAUAUACAUUGAAUAUUCUAAAGAUACGAAUUCUCAGCAAUUGUCGAAUUUUGAAUGCAAUUUAGAAUCUAUAAUUUGACACGUCAAUUUAUUUUUCUUUAUUAAUGUUAUCUUUAUUGUUCAUUCUUGAGAUUUUUAAAUAGGCAGCAGGUCCUUUCUUUCUCAUUUAACCAAAAUCAGCCGUGGGGAAGAUGCUUCGCAGAAGAAGCGCAUUAAAUGAGUUUCGAGAAAACUGGGCGACCGGAUAGUCGUUGCACCUGGAGCAAAAUUUCGGUAUAAGAGGAGAAAUUAGCAUCCCAUGCGACGCUUUUUACACGUGCACGAAUCCGCUGAUUCGCAACGAGAUUCGUGAGAAAUGUAUUUUUGGUUUAAUGCAUCUUUCGUUCGUUCGAGUGCCUGCAUUACUUGUUAUUUCAACACUUUGUUAACAAAGUAAAAAGUUGAUGCAUAAAAACAUAACAAAGUAAAAAGUUGAUGCAUAAAGUAAAAAGUUGAUGCAUAAAACAUUGAACGACUUUGUCGACGAAAAGUUUAUAAGGACAUAUUUUAAAAUAUAAACAUUCGAAUGUAUUGUUACAAAUUUUUGUUAAUUUUUGCUUUUGUUCAUGCUUACUGCAGAUUUAGGUUGGUUACAUAUUAACCACCGUCGAUGAACGAAGGUUGCAGCUGCAAUCAUGACAUGCAUGCUUGCAGAUGAAACGGUAUCAUGCAAUGUCCAAGAGAUGUAAUUCACGAUUUAAUCGCUGUUGUAGCGCGAUAUCAUUGGUUGGAUGGAACUGUAAAUCCCUGUUCCGUGACGAAAAUCUGGAGAGAAAUGCCGUAUAAAUUCCUCAGACCCGCCAGAGCGGCAGUGAACAAUCCCGAUUUAAUGUCAUGCAAAAUUUACAAUUCAAAGGAUAUCGAAAUAUCUCCGGUGCGGUAUGUCUCCCUCGCCUUGAAUCCCACGGAUUUAUUUACAGACAUAACGGCGCUGCAUUUUUUUUUAAAUUGCUGUUAUCAUGUUCUUCUAAGUUAGCUACUUCUUAUGCUAUGCUAUAAAUUAAUUGCUCUAUUAAAUGCUCAAAUUUAUUUAUCUUAUUUAUCAGUUUUUAUAUAUCUAUUAAUUUAAUAAAUUCUAUUAUACACUAAGAAAAAAAGUUGUUAACUUGGAAUUAGCUAUCGAAUAUAAAGAGUUUAAUAUAAUAAUUAAUAUAAUAAAUAUAUUAAUAAUAUAUUUAGUGAUUAACACAAUAUAUUCUUAUGAUAUAGGAGGAAAGUACUUAAAUUAUUUAAGAAUUGUAGACUAUUUCGUAUAUAAAAGUUCUGAUGCAACAUAUUUGUUAUAAUAUUUUAUUUAAAAAAUAAUAAAAAUAUUGAUAAAAUUUCAUGUUAUUGAUAAGCUUGUGGGAGGUAUAUGUUGAAUAUCAGAAGAAUCGUCUCUCGUAAGUUUCCGUAGUGUAGUGGUUAUCACGUGUGCUUCACACGCACAAGGUCCCCGGUUCGAUCCCGGGCGGAAACAGAUCUUUUUUUUUCUUAUUGUCAAGUAUUUAAUUUUUUAAAUAUAAAAAUUUAUACAUUUUUAAAUUUAUAAUUACAUAAAUUUAAAUCGAUUUUUAUUAUAAUAUAUUUAUUCAAUCGAAUUUAUGUUUCAUAAAAUUUGUAAAUUGCAUAAUUUAGAGAUCGAAUCAUCACGUUCGAUAUAUUCUUUUGUCUAUUGUUAAUAAAUUUUACAAUUUUGACAUUUUUUUGUUCAAAAAUAUCUUAAAUAAACAAUAUAAUGGAAAAUAAUUAGUUAAAUUAUUUUCAACUUUAUUACAAAUUUUAUGCAAUACAAUCUUCGAUCUCGUACGUAUUUUGCAAAUGAAUGAAAUAUUUUAUGAAAUUUACGAUAAAUAUAAUUUAUUUGUGUACACAUUUUGUUAAUGAUCUGGUGAUAUUUAUUUAUACAUGCUCUGAUUUAAACAGUUUUAACAUGUGCAUUUUAGUGUGUGCAACGUAUCUACCUUUUUAAGAGAGUCGUCGUCAGUUGUCAGGAUGGCCGAGCGGUCUAAGGCGCCAGACUCAAGGUUCACACCUUCUCGGUUUAAAUCCGAGUUCUGGGCUUUCUGGUCCUCUCUGAGGGCGUGGGUUCGAAUCCCACUUCUGACAAAUUCUUUUGUCUAUUAUUAUAACUUUUGCAAUUAUUUAUUUUUAUUUUUCAUCUUGGUAAUUAAAAAAUAUAAAGGUCGGAACAUCGAAUUUACUUGAAAAUGUGCGUCAUCCGAAUUUCCUCGGUUCGAAUCUCGGUAUCAACAAUAUUUUUUUUAUCCUUUAAAAAACAUGUUUUUACUAUUUGCUAAGUUUGUGAUUGUAUGCUGUAUAAUAGUUAUUAUUAUAAUUGUUGAUAAUGUUACUUUUACGUUGAAUACAAAAUAUAAAAAUAAUUUUCCAUUUAUAGAAAGUUUUUCAAGAGAAUUUUUAUAAGAUUGCUAUGAGAUGCUAUUGUAAUUAGCUAAUGAUACUGUAUUUAAAAAUGUAAGUAAUAUGUAAAAAUAUUGAUGAUAUAUAAAUUUAUUGCAAUUGAUGCGCAAUCUUUAAUUCCCUUAGUAGCUAAAAGAGACCUUCUCUGAACGUGAUCCGGUAUGGUCUAGUGGCUAGGAUACCUGGCUCUCACCCAGGAGGCUCGGGUUCGAUUCCCGGUACCGGAAUUUUUUUUUUUAGAUACAAUUUUUUAUUUUAAUUACGUAUUGCUAAUUAUUUUUUAAUUCUAAUUCAAUUUUGCAAUUAUAUAACAGCAAAUUAUAAUUAAAUAAAAGCAAAUGUAUAAGAGCAAUUUAAAAUGCUUAAAAAGAUGAAUGCAAUUACCUUGAUAUAUCCAAGUUUUAAUAAUAUUUAAAUGUUUAAUUGUAAAAAUUGCUCAACAAUUCUUUUUUGUUUUAGCAUCGACGAUAAAUCAUGGUGUCGUUAUACCAUCGUGAAACAACUUACAAUACUGCAGUAAUCGACUCGCUUACAGCAAAACACACCUUGUUAAAUUUUCAGUCUCACUUAUCGAAAUAGUCGAGUCGACUAUUUCGAUAAGUGAAAAGUGACAGAACGUUUUAGAAUACCGCUUGUUGUGAAUGUACUGCUUGAUAAAUUAUUUUGUAUUGGCCUCUUACAUCGUGGUAAGGUAUCAGGCGCUUUAGGUAUGAAACGAAUCGCGGGAUUGCAGCGGCAUUACAAUUAUCGCCAUUUUCUUAAAUUGUCGGCGAGGUAGAAGACGCCGCAGAGAGCGAGUGUGUCUAUAAUUUGAGAAAAAAAAGACGGCAGUACAAUCUAUCCUCAAUUUAUUAUGCAGCAAUUUUCUCUAACAGCAAGAGGGAAAAUGGAUUCAAACGACCCUCGAUAAUGAGUACUUUGAUACAAUACGUCGCUCGAGGAAUCGCACCCACGCGAUACAGGUGACUUCCCAUACACAGUGUGUCCUUUACCGUCGCCGUGGUCACGGAACGAAGUGGCAGGGAUGGCACGAAAAACGACGACUGGCAGCAGUUUGGAACAGUUCCGGAAGUUGAGCGUUCUGCACCUCACCUAUUUAAAGUAUAUUGGAUUAUGGUACAAAUUCGAUUCGAAUGUGUCCAUAUUCUUAAGAGGCUUAUACUAUGUGUACAACAAAUUUGUCCUAAUAAGCAUAAUUGCCUUCUCGGCAACUAUAUUCGCUGACGUUUGUUCGAGUCUUGACGAUCUGUCGAGUGUCACGGACAACGGCUGCAUGUUCACCGGGCUCAUCGUUGUGGUUUUUAAGCUAAUGAUCUUCCAAACUCGCUCUGACCGGAUAAUACAAUUACUCCACAAGAGCAUCGACAGCUACAAUCAACUCUGCAAGUUUCCCAUUGGCAACGAAAAGAAAAUCCUGGACAAAUAUUUGCUGUUUUGCCGCAUGAUCUUCUACGCGUUUUCCGUCAUGGGCGUCUGCCUCGGGAUUGGUAUACUGUUUCUUGUGCCAUUGGAAAAGGGACAGCUUCCGAUCAAGGCGCGAUAUCCGUUCAACACGACCGUGUAUCCGGGGCAUGGGAUCAGCUACUCCUUUGAGGUCUACUGCGUCUUCAUCGCCAUGACGUCUAUCGUCGGGAUGGAAUCCUUUGUUAUCAAUCUAUGCAGUAUGUUUCUCGUGCAGUUCGCGAUCUUGAACGUGCAUUUUAAGAGCUGUGGCAACGGCCAGCACCAUGCGAUGUCAAAUGGCAUCGGUAAGCGAGACAGUUUAGGCACCAUUGUUAAAAACGCUUGUUUUGAAGUAUAUUCUACGAUCGAGGCCAGCUGCGGAAAGGAUAAUUACGAUUCGGACGCAAUUUGCCGCGGCGGCUUCGACGAACGGUUCGGACGAUCCAUCCGCAAUCAUCAACGUCUGCUCGCCAUAGUAGACGACUUCAACGAGAUCUUCAGCUCCUGCUUGUUCGUUCAGAUGUUCUCGAGCACCUCGAUGAUUUGCCUAACCUGCUUCCAAUUCACCUUGGUCAUAGGCCAGAGCUCCAAUCCCUUCAAGACUACGGUAUACAUGGUGACGGCCUUUUCACAGCUCUUUUUUUUCUGUUUGGUAGGAAACGAAGUGAUACACCAGAGCGCAUUGUUGAUGACAAGCCAAUGGUUGUCACAUUGGAAUGACGAGCUUUCCGCCAAGAGUGGUCGUCUGCUGAUUCUGACCCUAAUAUUUUCAAAAAGAACGAUAAGCCUGAAAGCAGGUGCGUUCUUCAGCUUAUCCAUGGAGACGUUUAUCACGAUCGUGAAAUGUGCGUACUCCUUCUUCACUCUGUUGAGCACCAUGAACUUAAGAGAUCAGUGAAUCCAGUAACUCUUCAGCUCUAGUUAUUGUAGAACAACGUCUGUGGUAAAGUAUUUUGUUACGAAAUAUAUUGGAGAUUGGAUGAUAAUGCGGUUGAAAACCGACUAUAAUAUGUGCGUCAACGAUCCAGAACAAAAUGCGUACCAUUAUCGCAAUGAGGUUUGCAUAAAGUGUAUUGAGUAUGUUGUUGAAUAAAGUUGUUGGAAAUAAAGAAGAAGUAAGCUAUUGCAUGGAGGCAUAAUGUAAGUAAAAGUAAUUAUAAAAAUUGAAGAUGGGAAAAGAGGGACGUCAACCACUUAGAGAUAGUCUGCUCAUUUUUCAAGCAAAAAAUAAAAUUUGGGCAAAACUUGGUGUUUCUUUUUAUUUUACACUCAGAAAGAACGGUUUUGCUGUACUUAAAAAUUUAAUCAGACAAAGAUCUUAAAAUAAUUUUAUUGGACCAUUUAAAUAUAAAGAAAGUUCAAGCAUGAUGAGCAAAGAAUUUUGACAUUCCAGCAACUAGUUUAAGCAUCUUACAUAAUUUUUUUGAUGAUUUAACAAAAUUAUUUUUAGGUCUGUAUUCAGCUAAAUUUUUAUAUAUAUUUUUUUUAGCAAAAUUGUUCUUUCCGUGUAAUUAUAUUAUAUAAUAAUUUAAUUAGAAUUGUAUUAAAGUAUUUCUUAAGACUAAGAACUCUGUCCAAACUGAAAAUAAGCUAAAUAAACACAAACAAUAACAGCUUCGUAGCUGAUUACGAUGGUCGAUUAGCCGACGGCUUAUCAAAGUAAUAUCACUAACGAGGCAGAUUAUGGUAAUUCCUAAAUAUAUAAUAAAACGAUACUGAGAUAAGUCACGGAGGAGCGGUAAUUUAUUGUCAGAACGAAUCGGUGGAUGUCGAUUACACGGAAUCACAGGGAUAACUUGAUCCGCUGGCUCUGGCCAGUGCUAGAAUCAUCGUAAGAGCGUGCCCGAGGAACAGGUUGGCAACGGCUUUUACGAUUAUGGAUACGCCGAAAACAGGAUUUCUAUUCUCGGUCCGGUGCAACGAGGCUGCAACGGCGACGACCUGGCCAACCAAUUGCAAUCGUAACUGCCGCCGGCUGCCGCGCGCAUCGGCGUGAAGUAUCAGAUUGAUCGCGAUCAAGAUACCGUACGGUACAAUUCGGGGUGCAGAUCGAGCGCCAGGUGUACCCCACGCUCAUAAAUAGACGCAUAGUAAGGAAGAGAUCCCGAGAAUUUUUUAUGUGAUCUGAUUAUCUCGCAGAUUAUCGAUAAAUCAAGUGUUAUUGAAGAUAUUUUUUCACGAUACAUAUCUGUACUUGCCCCUUAUCUUUGUUUUCUGUAAGAAAUGAUUAUUGAACGAGCAAAUGGUGACUCUGGUUCAGCCCAAGUGUCUCAUAACGAAAAGAACACGUAUAAAUACAAUGCUACAUAUCUUGUCGAUCUAAUAAGCGUCUCUUACUUUUUUCUUGGACACUUGAUAAAUCGCGAUGAAGUUACAGCUUUUAAGAUUUUUGCAAUCAAACACGUGGGUUUUGCAUAAUUCAUACUGUGUUUAUUGGCCUCGCGGUCGAUUGCGGAGAAAAAAAUCGGAAAUGAUACUAGCUUUUCCAUCACAGUCCCGUUAAUCAAUUUAUCUCGCUGCAUUUUCCCAAAGUGGAUCUUAUAUUUUCAAUCAUCCAUCAAUCUAAUGCCUCGCAAGCGUGCGCGUCAUAAAGUAUUAAUAAACGGCGGCGAUCGGAUAGUUCGCCGGACUAAAAGAUUCCGGCAUAAUUGCACGUACGAGAUUGUUGACGUAUGUUCGCCGCGAUAUUAGUUUCUUAAUUAACUUAAUUAAAUCCACUCGGUGCGAGCGUGUAAUUAAUCGUCGAUUGUGAUGCGUUUAAUUAAGUAUUCGUGGUAGCCGAUCGCGCGGUGUCGUUCCUAUGACUCGUCGAUAAAUACCGGUGUUGAUAACUCGAGGAAAUCGUGCAGAGAUCGCCGAAGAUACAACCGUUUCAUUCUCGGCUUGCAAAUAAGGCGCACGCGGACAGUAUCGGACGGAAAGAUCAGCAUGACGAUCUCGAAGCGCGAGACUGGCGAGAUCCCGAAAAUCCAGUUUCCAUCUCUACGACCUUAACUUACGAUCCAAGAUUGUUGUUUAAUCUCCCAGAGUAUCACGCAUUUAUUUAAAAAUGUAUAUUUAAAAUGGUACAUAAUUUUUUAAAAUUAUUGAACGGACUAGAGUCUCAAGAAAGACAUUCGAUUGCUUUGCUUUACUGAAAUCAAACGUUGAAACUAACAAUAAGUAUUCUAAUCGCGUGCAAUUUUCCGAAUCGGUGGCUAACUACCGCACACUUGUUUCCGACAUUUUUUUACAUUCGUUUCUGUCUUGAUCUCAUGAACUCAUCUCCGAGCUAUUGCUAUUUAUUGCAUUAUCGCUGAUGCGGUAGCGGCAAUAUAUUGCUAAAAAUCAAGGCACACGCACGGAAAACCAGCCCUCCUUUAUCACGCUCAUCAAUAUCGCCUGGCGGCAGUAAAUGGCAAAUUAAGUGCGGUAUAGCUCCCGGCGAUUCCGAUGAGGGCAAUUAGCGAGACUGAUUAUCAUCUGUUUCAGACCGGGCGGAGUUCUCGCGAGAGCUCUCGCGAGUUCGUAGCUCCAACAAGGAGAUGGUCCGUGGAUAAUAUCACAGAAUACGCGGGGCGAUUAUUAUAAAUGCAUCGGAAAGAGAGAGACAGACAGAGAGAGAGAGAGACUCGUGCCCCGAAGAAAAACUGGCCGUGAUGCACGACACGUUCUUGGGAUCAGGAGCCAAUCAGUGUACAGAUUUGCUAACGUUUUACAGAUCUCGUGCGAUCGUGUCACGCAGUGACACGUUACGUGGCGAACGUAACACUCGGGUGGUAUUUCAUCAAUCACUCGGGGAAGACACCUCGAUAUUGUGAGCAUGGUGAGCACUUUCAACAAAGUCACGCAUAAAUGACCUAUCUUGCCUCGCACAAACAAGAGAAACAGCAAAGAAAGGGCAGCGCGAGUCAAGGUAAGAUGUGUCGUUCCUCCUCGGAUCUCGCCGCGUUCGCUUCCUAGACAGAUGGUCGCCUCACCACAUGUUACCUAACUGUAGCCUGUCUUUAAGUAUCAUUCCUCCCGGUGGUAUCAAAUACUUCUUGCCGUAGAUCAUUGUGUAGCAUCCUCCGGCUAACGUUGCAUAAUUCCCCGUGCACUACGUUCGUAAUGUAAAUUGUGUAUACGCUAACACGAUGGAAAACGCAAUCGUUCGAGAUCGUUUCUGGUAUACCUUUAGAUGCGCGAAAAGGAUGGUACUUGUAGAUACGUUGUGUUUCAUAAAUAAAUUAAUUAAUGUAAUUUCCUAUUAUACAUAUGAUCGUUAUACUGACAAUGAGAUAUAAUUUCAUUAUACAGAAUAUUCUCUAAUUAAAUGUCAGAACUUUGAAAGUGUAUAAAGGAUGAUAAAUUAAGAGAAGACAGUCGUUCAGAGAUUUGCUCGUUUUUACUUUGUUUUAGAAAAAAUCUUUAAAGGGAAUUUUUUCUUUUAAUUUAUCGAUCUUCUACACUGAGAAAAAAAUUUGUUAAUAAACCAAAAUAUUUAAUCCGACACGAUCAAUUAAAUAUUAAGUUGAUUCAAUAAUUAUUUAGUUGCACAAAAAAAGAUACAGUUUAUUCAUUUCAAACAUUCAAAUUUUUUAAUCAAGAAUCAAUUAAAUCAACUUAAUACUUUAGUUGUACUUGUUUAACUAAAUAUUUUUGUCUUUCAAUAAAUCUUUUUUUUUUCAGGAUACACGCUCCUAAAGUUUUAACAUUUUAAACUUGGAGACUUUAUUUCUUUUAAAUACCACAAUUAUUUACACGCGAUAUUUUUUCAUUUCCAAAUACAAGAUAUUCACGAAUAAUGUGAAGAGUUCAUUAAGUUUAAUUUUUAGUCAGAAUAUUUGAGAAUAUAUCAAAUUGAUUUCCAUAAGAAAUUAAAAAAUAAAUUUGAUAUAAAUUAUCUGAGAAACUAUUAAAAUAUUAUUAUUAAUAUAUUCAUGAUAUAUUUAUGCAUGACCUUUAAUUCGAUUUUGUCUUUCGCGCCUUAUUGCAUUGCACCAUAGUGAAGUUUGCGUCAUUCCCGAAUUGACAGUCAUCAACGCGAGACGGUGCGAGACGGUUCUACUCCGCGUCGGGCUGCGUCGCGACGCAUUGAAUCAGUAAGUACAGCCGUCGUUGAUCGCGUUUGUUGCGGUAUCCGUCAAUGCCAAAACACGAAUUCGCUGUGUGCAUAUUAAUAAUCCGCCGAGACGUGUAUUUUACGAGAUUCGCCCGAUCGAAGUUUGCUCGCGCGAGCAGUCGGCGAAGGUAUAUGUACACACACCUCCAGACAUUGCAUUCCGCGAGCAUCUAUCUUUAAUUCUAUUAUAGCUCGCUCGUUUGAUCGCCACACGAAGUCAUGGCACAAAAUAAACAAUCGCCCUGAAAUCGGCGGACGUGUGUCGUUUCUCAUUCGAAGCGUGGAAAAUGCGCGAAAAGGCAAUAAUCGUCGCGUAGCGUGUCGCUACGGGUGGCGCGUGAAGUUGGCCGCACGAUAGUCUCGAAUUUUUCCGUCGCCGCACGCGUCCGUUUGGCGAUGCACGCGUCGCUCGCGUUAUCGGCCCGCCAUUUUCUCGCAUUGUUUACCGUGACAAGGUGCGCGUCGCGAUUUGUUUGACAUCGGGUGUGUCGUGCCGUAAUCGUCGCGUACGUCGUUGAUUAGUGCGUGCUCAAUCAGAUCGCGAUCCAGCCGUUUCUCUCGCGAGUGCGCGUCGUCUUCAAGAAUGUCGGAUAGCUUUGGUCUAGCUCGAAAUUUAGGCUAAUCGACAUUCAGAUUUGCUCAAAUUUUGUACUGUCGAUCGCAAUUUGGCUAUUUCGCCUUUCAACUGGACGAAAGUUUAAUAAGUUUUGAUUGAAUACAUGCAUAUCACGUUUGGGACACAAGUGUGUUGGAAAGAGGUUAGCCGAGCUAUCUGAUAACCUUGGUCGUCCCGCAGGGAUGACCGAUCCGCACGGUCAUUUGGGACCUAGCGAACCCACGGACCCGAGCUCCUCACAAUGCGGACACGCACGUACACAUACACGUCACACACAUACACUCAUCUACUUCUCAUUAGUGCUCUAGUGAAUAUAGUGAAAUAGAGUAAAUAAUUGGAGUAAAA